CCUCAAGAUCCUGUGCUGUUCUCUGGCAGCCUUCGUAUCAAUCUGGACCCCUUUGGAGUGCACUCCGAUGGCGAGAUUUGGGAUGUGCUCGAGUUGGCCCAUUUGCGGACUUUUGUGUCUUCUUUGGAAGAUGGCCUUGAGCAUCCUGUGUCAGAAGGCGGCGAGAACCUUAGUGUAGGUCAACGUCAGCUCAUUUGUUUGGCUCGUGCCUUGCUUCGGAAGACCAAGGUCUUGAUUCUGGACGAGGCUACUGCAGCCGUGGAUCUCGAGACUGACGAUCUCAUCCAAAGCACCAUCCGAAAAGAGUUUAAGGGAUGUACCGUUCUCACCAUUGCUCAUCGUUUAAACACCAUCAUGGACUACGAUAGAAUCAUGGUGCUAGACAAGGGCCGAAUUGAGGAAUUUGAUGAACCGAAAGCGCUUCUCGGAAAUCAAAAGUCAAUUUUUUAUAGUAUGGCCAGGGAUGCCAAUCUCGUUUAAGUAAAAUAUCGUACAUGCCUAUUUUACCAAUAAUUGUACAUUUCCAUUCAGA